GAUAUGCGAGCACUCGUCGACGUAGUUGCGUUGGUAAGUGGAGCAAGUUGAGUAAAUCGAGGGCAGAGUCUCCCAUAGAAUGGGCGGAGAAAAGAUUCUCAAGUGCUGGCGCUGCGUUGCACUAUACCCACCCAUUUGCGGAGACACGGAGCCGUUCUAAUUACCCAAUACUUUUGGAAGCCCUCAAGUUCAACCCCCACUGUACAAUACUAAUACUUUAUUCCCCAUCCCACUCAACCUCAUCUCAUGUCCACUCAUUUUACUCAAAAGCCACUCAUUAUUCUUCACCUAACCAUAGUUUAACUUUCUUAAUCACGGUUUACCUCACUUCAUCCAAUAAUUCCCCACAUCCUAUACCCCUUGCUCCACCUUCCUUUUCAUCUCUAUAUAUUUCUCUCCCUUUUAUUUUCUCCGAAACUCCCUUUCUACUUUCAACAUUGCUCCAUUGCCUAUUAAUUUCAAUUUUUGUUUGUUUAUAUAUAAUUUAGAAAAGAGUUUUAAGUUUACGUUUUCUCAUCAUGAGUUGCAACGGCUGUCGAAUUCUCCGGAAAGGUUGCAAUGAGAAUUGCAUACUCCGACAAAGUUUACAAGGAAUUGAAAGCCCUCAUGCUCAAGCCAAUGCCACUGUCUUCGUCGCCAAAUUCUUCGGCAGAGCUGGCCUUAUGUCUUUCCUCACUUCCGUUUCCGAAUCGCAACGACCAGCUUUAUUUCAGUCGUUGUUGUUCGAAGCGUGCGGAAGGACGGUAAACCCGGUGCACGGAGCAGUAGGAUUACUGUGGACGGGUAACUGGCACGUGUGCCAGUCGGCGGUAGAAACAGUGCUUAAAGGAGGCGUGUUACGGCCGUUGCCGGAGUUUUCAGGUGUUACUGCUUCGCCGGAGUUUGAUUCCGAAGCAAACGACGUUGAUCUGUUUAGAUCACAAAGCUCCAACUUCCAAUCUAAGAGGAAAAUUAUAGAUGAGGUGUCGGAGGAUCUAGAUCUCGGACUUACAUCCGGAUUAUCAACGAUGGUUACCGGAGGUAAACUGAACCGGCGAACGGAGAAACGAAGAGCGGCAACGCCUUCAUUGAAUUCCGAUGAAUCUGAUACCACAACUUUGGAAAGUGGUGUUGUAUACCAUCAAAAUCCACAACAAGGAAAUGAAACAAAGCUUCUUAGAUUGUUCUUUUGAAGAUUGAUCCAACUUUUAGUUACCGAUUACUGAUUAACUUAAGAUUCAGAAGCGAAUUUUGCUUUUUUGUUGUCAAAAAUGUUACGCAUCUCAAACUUACUAGUUGUAAGUUUUUUGGUAACUUAAGGAGGUAAUUAAUUAAAAUGCUUCCAUGGCAUCUGGAUUUCUUCAUUAAUGAAGUUUUGAGGGAAAAAUGAGAGUUGCCCUUUCUUUU